AGGAGGUUAUUAACACUUAAUUGUUGAUGCUCACUCAUAUCGAUCGAUUUGGACAAAGAUGAAGAUCCGCAACAAAUUCCUCUCCAUCGCACUCCUCCUCUCCACGCUUCUCUGCCUGUCCUCCUCCUUCUCCUCUUCUACGAAGAUGCAGAACAAAUGUGUGUACACGAUCUACGCUCGAACCGGGUCCAUUGUGAAAGCCGGAACAGAUUCCCGAGUCAGCCUCGUCCUGGGCGAUUCCUCGGGUAACUCGGUCUGGAUCCCCAACCUCAAGCACUGGGGACUAAUGGGCCAGGACCACGACUACUUUGAGAGGGCCAAUCUGGAUAUCUUCACGGGUCGGGGUCGUUGCAUGGGUCGACCCGUUUGCAGGGUCAACGUCACCUCUGAUGGGUCGGGGACACGCCCCGGUUGGUACUUGAACUAUGUUGAGGUCACCUCCACUGGGCCUCAUAUACCCUGUAGUCAGUCCCUUUUCCACGUGGAGCAAUGGCUGGCGUUGGAUGUUCCUCCUUACAAAUUGACGGCUCAGAUUGAUAGGUGUGAGCCCAAGAAGCCCAUUUCGGAAGCCCGGCGGUUUUUGGUGAAGUGACGAAUCCUCUCAAUUCGGCUUUGAAGCAGGAGCAGCUUUAGGAUCAAGUUAAAUUUUACUGAACGUGUCUUUCUCGAGCUUACCUACUCCUGCAUAUCGAUACCGAUAGAGCAAUUAGCUCCCAUAGAUUAUUACCGGCUGGCUUCCACUGGCCGUUGGUAACUUGACAACACUUGAAAUUCUUAACCGAGACCUACCGGUGAAACAACCACAUGAGAAGAUUAUAGUUUGUUAAAUAAAUAUUUGUAUUUCUAGUAUUCAUUUCAAAUAGUAUUUUUUUUUAAAUUUUUUUAUAGUACGACCAAUAUUUAAUUUUAUAGUGUAUUUGAAGUACUUGUUCAUUUUAUUACUCAUAUUGUCUUCAAUUGAA